UGAUGAUAUUCUGGUUUUCAGUAAGACUGAGGCAGAUCAUGAAGAACAUUUGAAACUAGUGUUGGAGGCAUUAAGGAAGAAUCAGUUGGUAGCUAACAUUAAAAAGUGCUCUUUUGGCCAAGAACAACUGAGUUACCUGGGGCACAUCAUUUCAGCUAAGGGAGUGGCAGCUGAUCCUGAUAAGAUUAUGGCUAUGCAGAAUUGGGCUGUUCCUAAGGAUCUGAAAGAACUUAGGGGAUUUCUGGGGCUUACUGGAUAUUACAGGAGGUUUGUCAAAAAUUACAGUAAAAUUGUUGCACCUUUGACAAAUCUAUUAAAGAAGGAUGGAUUUAAGUGGGAUGAACAGGCUACACAAGCCUUCCUUGAUCUGAAACAAGCUAUGAUUUCCUUACCUGUGUUGAGAGUUCCAGAUUUCAACAAACUAUUUGUCAUAGAGACGGAUGCAUCUGGAAGGGGAUUAGGUGCUGUACUUAUGCAAGAUGGAGGUCCUAUUGCUUAUAUGAGCAAAGUACUGUCAACCAAGCACCUCACCAAAUCCAUCUAUGAAAAGGAGCUGAUGGCUAUAGUGUUUGCUAUACAGAAGUGGAGGCCAUACUUAUUAGGCAGGUUAUUUGAAGUACAUACAGAUCAGAGGAGCCUGAGAUACCUGACUGAACAGAAGAUAAUGGGUGAGGAUCAACAGAAAUGGAUAUCCAAACUGUUGGGUUACAACUUCACAAUCAGAUACAAGCCAGGAAUUGAGAACAAGGCAGCAGAUGCUCUAUCAAGAAAACCAAUUUUUGCAGCCCUAUCAACUGUUACUUGUCAUGAAUGGGAGGGAUUGGCAGAUGAAUUACAAAAGGAUCCUAAAUAUGGAGAGAUUUUACAGAAGAUUUUGAGUCAACCGGAGCAAUGCAGAGGAUUCAGAGUAAAAGGAGGUUUAUUAUACUACAAGGAAAGGUUAGUUUUACCUAAAGGGAGUCCUAGAAUAUUAUCUGUCUUAAAAGAAUAUCAUGAUACAGCUG